CUGGAACUCAUCUCCAGCCUCCGGUCAAAGCUGCAGGCGCUGUGGGAGGAACGGGAGCUGGUCCUCUCUGAAGCCAGGGAGUGCGCGGAGCGAGGCGAGGAGCUGGAGGCGAUGGUGAGGGGCGUCUGCAAGCCCAACGAGUUUGAGCGCUACAUGAUGUUCAUCGGCGACCUGGAGAAGGUCGUGAGCCUCUUGCUCUGCUUGUCCAGCCGCCUCGCCCGAGUCCAGAAUGCCAUGAGGAGGAUCGAUGGCAACACAGAUGCUGAGGAGAAGCAAUCGCUGAACGAACGGCACCAGCUCUUGUCCAGGCAGCGGGAAGAUGCAAAAGACCUGAAAGAGAACCUGGAUCGCAGGGAGCGGGUCGUCUCGGGUAUCCUCGCCAAAUACCUGACGGAGCAGCAGCUCCGGGACUACCGACACUUCGUUCAGGUCAAGACCUCCUUGCUGAUUGAACAGAAGGACCUCGAAGAGCAGAUUAAAUUUUUCGAAGAACAGUUAGAAAACCUUGAGAAAAGCAUCCCCCUCUAA